ACGGGUCCUUGACCAUGCUUUCGGUCUGCCUUCCAGGGCCAAGGUGGCAGUGAUGCUGACGCUGGCAAGCAAGCUGAAGCGGGAAGAUGGUCUCAAAGGGUCCCGGACGUCAGCCGCGGCCUCCGACUCCACUCGGAGGGUGUCCGUGAGAGACAGGCUGCUCGUUAAAGAGGUUGCAGAACUCGAAGCGAACUUACCCUGAACCCCCGCCAGACCCAGACCCCUGCUGGCCUGGUGCGCGUGGGCAUGGAGCGCCGCCAUCUGGGUCAGCAGCGUCAUUUCACCAGUGAAGCAAGCCAAGGUACAUGUAAAGUGCAUUUUCCUGAUCCAAACAAGCUUCAUUGCUUUCAGCUAACUGUAACCCCAGAUGAGGGUUACUACCAGGGCGGAAAAUUUCAGUUUGAAACUGAGGUUCCGGACGCAUACAACAUGGUGCCCCCCAAGGUGAAAUGCUUGACCAGGAUCUGGCACCCCAACAUCACAGAGACGGGCGAGAUAUGUCUGAGUUUGCUGCGAGAACAUUCGAUUGACGGCACUGGCUGGGCUCCCACAAGGACGUUAAAGGAUGUUGUUUGGGGAUUAAACUCUUUGUUUACUGAUCUUCUGAAUUUUGACGACCCACUGAACAUCGAAGCUGCAGAGCAUCACUUGAGGGACAAGGAGGACUUCCGGAACAAAGUGGGAGACUACAUCAAGCAUUAUGCCAGAUGAUGGCGGGAAGACCACAGGGCCUCCAGCUCACACCACGGGAGCCCGCCACCCACACAGUCCUCGUGAGCCCUCAGCCCCACUGGGUCGUCCGGGUCCCGAGGGGGAGCCCCUUCACGACUGCCGCUGGACGGGGAGCUCCGUGCGAUCCAGCAGGAAACGUGUCCGCGUUCUGAAGGGCUGUCUGCGUACCUUCACAUGUUUACUUUCCUGAAACUGUACUGUGUAGGCUGUUGAGAUCCGUGAGAAGUUGUAAUGAACUCAGAAUUGAAGCUAGAGCUCGCUUCUUCCCCUUUCCCGAAAGCUCACUCCCUCCCCGCACCACUGCCGCUAAAUGAGGAGCCGCCGCAGACUGUGAUCGCAGACUGUGAUCGGAUGCAGACCGUCUUAGCUCCUUCCAGGAAUGGUGGCCCUGCCCAGGUGUCGCGAAGCUUCCCAGAACGCAGUCAUUCACUGUAGAUCUCUUACUGAAAGGCAUAUUUUAUUUAAUGUAAGUAUAUUUUGGAACAGAUUUGUAAUUUGUACAAUUUAAUGCUUUAAUUAUUUUUUUCUAUUCUCAUUUAGUUUGUAUUUUCAUUGUAUAGAGCAGACAGAAAGAUAUUGGGUCAAGCAACUAUUGAAGAGAAAUACAAAAAAAUGUGAAAGACACGUUAUUCAUUCUGUCCAAAUGCAACGAGAAUCCGACUUUUAAAAAUCAGCUCUUGAUUUCAGGUCCAGAUGGGGCAAGGAAGCGUUAGAACCUUCUGAAGCUAGAUCUGGACGAUUUGAAACAUAGAAGGCAGGGAGACUGGUUCUCACGUGCCGCCCGGGGGGCCGGGCUGGAGCCAGCCAGGCGGGGCAGGUGUCUGCAGUGUUCACGUGCCCGCGAGCCUGUGGGCAAAGGCUGUGUGUCAGAGAGCCAGACCCUCGUGUCCUGACGGACAGGAGAGGAACCUCGGGGAGCAGCCGAACAAUGCCUGAUGCCGCUGAGACUGUGCCCGUGGCCCUCUGCGUUUGCCGUGAUUCCGAGGCUGCGGAGGGCGGAGCAGCAGCAGCACACAGCCCAGCCGCGGGUCAGGGCCGCGGGUCAGGCCAGGGGCACCGAGGAGAGGCGUGGCCCUCCUCCGGCGUUAGACACCUGAGCCCGUGACGUCAUGUGCAAAGUCUGUGUUGGUUUGUUUCAUGUGCCGCCUGCCUACCGCUCUCCAGUUCAGCCGACAGCCUCCUCAGACCUCUGCAUUCCCCCGUCUGCCAUCCGCCCAGGCUGCUCGGCUUGUCUUUUGUCAAAAAUCUGAUGACGAGAUCGGUCUGCCCUGGGGAUGGCGAGGGGAGGAAUGCAGGCCCUGCUUCCCGUUUGCGGUCAGGAAUUCUGCCCGUUGGACUUGAGGAUGGCCCUGACCAGCGGGAAGGUGGUGCUGGAUAGAGGGCAGGUUGGCGUCUGAGUGCCGCAGCCUCUGUCGGGGGCAGGGGCCCCUGGCUCCCGAGGCCUAGCCCUGCACCGCAGGUGGCUCCAUUUUAAUUACGCUCUAACCAAUGUCACUAGAACUCCCUAACCCAGCACUGGGCUGGCCUCGGCCAGGUGGGUCAGGAGGCCAGCAGCAGGCCUGCCCACGUGCCUGAUUCUGCCCCAUGACCUAUGGCACGUGGUUCCCUGCCUGACGCCAACCCGAGGCCUCAAUCCUGGCACAUCUCUCAGUGGCUGCUGGGGCGAGUGAGGGCUGCACAGCUGGCACAGGUGGAGGGGGAAGUGGCGAUGCCACCACCUGUAGCUCCGUGGAAGCGUGCGCUCGCUGGAGGUGAGACCGCCUCUGGGCCUGAGCGAGGCGGCACUGCCGGUUCUAACCCCAGAACAUGUGCACAACAGAAACUCCACGCUCUGUCAGGGAUCACGUAAUUCUUCAGAAAUGACGUUUCCACAGAACUGGAUCAUCCCUUGCUGCCCAGUGGGACCCCACCCUAAGGUGCACACCCAGCUCAGCCCGCUGCCCGGGCGCCCGGUGCUGGCUGUGCACUCUGACUAACAGGCCUCCUGGCUUCUUGGGGCUUCAGAUCUGCGGGAAGUGGGAACGCUGAGCCCCUGUCCAGAGGUGGCCCUGGAGCCGGAUAGGGGCAGCUGGCCGUGGAGACGAGAAGCUCCCGGAUGCUCUGACAUUCCUUGGGGCCCCAUGACUCUGGUACCUAGGAUUUGCUAGGUGAGCUGUGUGGGCUUCAAGCACACCUGCAAAGUUCCAGGGUAGCUUCCAGGCGGGAAACGGCUCAUCUUGCCUCUUAGGCGCGCCCCCUACUCCCGCCUCACGCCCCCUGCAGUCCCAGGGCGCUGGGCGACGUGCUCCUGCCGAGCACCCAUCUGCCGCCGCGCGCCUUUCUCCCUGCUGUUUUCGUCACUGCACUUGGGGCGUCGCAGAGCGCUGGCCCCAGGGGGCAGAGUCUUUGGUUACGGUGAACCUCACAAGACGGCCCGUGCCACAUGCCCUCGUCUCCUUGGAGGGCUGUGUCAGCUUUCCACCCGCUGCAGAGCAGGCCGGGUGUGUACUGGCUACAGAAGUCACUGCAGCAUCAAUGUCACAGAAAAGACUGGAGAGCUGCUGCCGGCCGUUUGCAGUAACUAGGACAUCGACGUGAGCUGGGAGAGCGGGCACCGUGGUGUUUGCCAGUCGAAAUGUUUCUAUUUCCCUCUGCCCACAGUGGCACCCCUGGGACUCGCAUACUUGCCUGGGACGGUUUCAUGGGAUGCGGGAGGCCGCACUGUCCUUCCCCAUGACAUGGCCCCAGCCAGGCCAGUCUCGGCAGAGGCUCGGGCCACAUGGCAGCAAAGCCAGCACGUCUGUCUUAUGGCCGCAGAAGCAGCUGGAACAGCCCUUCUGCCGGGCUCUGGAGCUUAGCGAAAGUCCCAGAGGCAAACUCCUGGGCAGUGAUGGCGUGUGCAGGGGCGAAGCCCGCUGCUCCCUGGAGUUGCUCAUUUGCCCAACUCACCUUUAAAGCACUGCAAACAAAAUCAUAAAUUCCUGUUAAUAUCAGACCUGUGGCUGAUCUGAUUAUUAAAAUUUUCUUUUUCAUAUAAAAAUUCCAACAAGAUGUCGGCUACCGCUUGUGGUUUGUAACCAGACACUCAUGUCCCUGCUAGUGUAAUCUAUUCCAGGAUGCUUUUCACUUUCGUCCACUUAAAAAUGUUUAAUUUUGGAAAGUCAGGUUUGCUACAAGUUCAUUAAUUCUUCAUAAAAUAAAGUGUGUCCAGUAAAACGUUAA